GAGAGGAGGAAGCUAGUAUUUGGUGACGGGUAAUGUGGAUAUGAAAACGAGUGAGAAAGGUUUCAGCUGGCUAACAAGAAAAAGCUGGCGAGGAACCUGAGAACAAAACAAGUCAAUUGGUUGGAAACAAUGGCGACGUGAACCUGAGAGAAGGCAGAGCAUCAGAAAGCGCCGAUUACAACGAACCGUCAGCCAAGAUGAUGGCAGAAUGCGACCCAAACGAGAAUGUGUCGGCGGCUGACAUCGCAGGGUCAGAAGAAAAAGCCAACUUUCCCUCGCAGGAGUUUCCGUCUGUGCUUUUUGACAGGACUGGGGCCGAUCAGACGCUCAAAAUAAAUCCGGGAGGCGCGGUUCGGGUUUCGGAAUCAAGUGAAAGUGUUCUCACAGAGCUGGAAGCGGAGGGGUCCGGAGAAGAGGAACUCUUAUUACCGGGACCGGCGGGCAACGUAUCCCCAAGAGGAGGCAAAGAAAAGCGCACAAGACGAAACAGACUCAGCUCAUCCUCAGAUAAAGAGAGCUUCGCCUCGCCAGAGCGCAGCGAAGCAUUCGAACCCUCCCUGUCUGUGUUCCCGGCGACAGGCAGCGGCACCGGGGAGGUCAACCAUUUUCCCGAAGAUCCCGAGUUCGCCGAGAUCGUCCAAAGAGCCGAGCAGGCCAUCGAGAACGGCAUUUUCCCGGAGAGGAUCUCCCAGGGUUCCAGCGGCAGCUAUUUCGUAAAGGAUCCCAAAGGGAAAAUAAUUGGGGUGUUUAAACCAAAAUCUGAGGAGCCUUAUGGACACCUUAACCCCAAAUGGACCAAAUAUUUCCACAAAGUGUGCUGCCCGUGCUGUUUUGGGAGGGGCUGCCUGGUACCGAACCAGGGCUACCUCUCGGAAGCAGCAGCCUCACUCGUUGACCAAAAACUGGGGUUAGAGAUUGUGCCCAAAACCAAGGUGGUGUUUCUCGUCAGCGAAACGUUUCACUAUAGUGCAAUUGAUCGUGCAAAAUCAAGAGGAAAGAAGUACGCUUUAGAGAAAGUUCCCAAAGUGGGCAGAAGGUUUCACAGAGUGGGCUUGCCUCCUAAGGUGGGCUCUUUUCAGCUCUUUGUAGAGGGCUACCAUGAAGCAGACUUCUGGCUCAGGAAGUUUGAGGCAGACCCCCUCCCGGAGAACAUGAGAAAGCAGCUGCAGUCGCAGUUCGAGAGACUGGUGGUGCUGGAUUACGUCAUCAGGAACACAGACCGAGGAAAUGACAACUGGUUGAUCAAGUACGAGAAGCCUGGUGACGCGGACGUCUCCGAGAAGGACACUGAAUGGACUGUGAAAAAAGACUCCGCUAUUAAAAUAGCGGCAAUAGACAAUGGACUGGCUUUCCCGUUCAAGCACCCAGACGAGUGGAGAGCCUAUCCGUUCCACUGGGCGUGGCUGCCCCAGGCCAAGGUCCCCUUCUCACAGGAGACGCGGGAGCUGGUGCUCUCCCGGAUUUCGGACAUGAACUUCGUGCAGGAUCUCUGUGAAGACCUCUACGAGAUGUUCAAGACCGAUAAAGGAUUUGACAGGGCUACGUUUGAAAAACAGAUGUCUGUAAUGAGAGGACAGAUUCUGAACCUCACCCAGGCGUUGAAGGAUGGCAAGAGCCCCAUCCAGCUGGUGCAGAUGCCCCGCGUGGUAGUGGAGCGCAGCAGCGGGGGCAGCCAGGGCCGGGUGGUGCAGCUGGGCAACGCCUUCACCCAGACAUUCCACUGCAAGAGGCCCUUCUUCACCUCUUGGUAGAGGGGCUGGACGCUGGGAAAGAGUCUGGAUUUUGGGGCCUAGCGGAACCGCUCCGGCCCAGCUCAAGACUGCUCACCUGUAAGGGCAGCACUUGGAAUUAAAAGGGAGCCAAUGUGUCAGGAAGACGGCGGAAGCUUCCAAACUGCCAAAACGUUUGAAAAAGAAUGAAAGCUGUAGAAGGAAUUAAACUUGAACAUCAAGGAAAAACGGUUGAAUGUAAUUGCAAGUUUACAGUUUUUAAGUCUCUUCUGGACAUUUCAGUGUAAAAGAAUACUGCUGUUGACAAUAGUAUUUUUAUACAAUGAAUGUAUUUGCUGAUUGACCUGUAUUUAAAUGCUAGCUGCAGUAUACUGUACUCCUGGAUCCAGGUACUGGAGAGGGAAGGGGAGCGCUUAUCUGACUCCUUUUCUCGUGGCUUGGGAAGGAUUGGCACACCCAUUUGGACAACUUCAGUUCUCAACUCCCAUAUGCGUCUUGACCUUUUUAUUCCUAAGAAAAAAAUGAUUGUAUA